UUAUAGCACAAAGGGUACACCAACACCAAGCUAUGAUUGCGGCGGAGGUCGACAGCUCUCGCGUGCUGGUCGAUGGCCGGCCUGCCCCUGCGCUUUCGGAAAUCACAGCGUCAGAUGCGAGUCUCUCCGGCACCGGAGUCUGCGGCACUUGCUGGAGCCACGACGAUGUGGCGCAGGUUGGUCUUUUGGAGAUCCCUCUUCAUGCUGAUUAUCACCAUGAGCAGCUCACUGAUGAAAGGGGUUGCACCCUUGGGCCCCAAAGUCACCAGUACCAGACUCAUUUUGAUCUUCCGCGGCCUCUGUGGUGUUGGUUUCAUGGCCACCUACUACUACUCCCUGGCGGUGCUUCCCAUGUCCGACGCGGUGGUUCUGACCUACACCAGCCCGGUGUUGACGGCCCUGGCUGCCACCCUCUUCCUGGGAGAGACCUGGCAUAGCUUGGACUUUUUGGGCAGCGCCUUGUGCCUCACAGGUGUGAUGAUGAUCGGCAAACCACCAAUCCUUUUCCACCUCUUGGGACAAAAAGAUGAAGCUGAGCUGUCGCCACUGGGUUUGUUAGCUGCGAGCACUGCAGCAUUGUGCGCCACUUGCGUGUAUUUGAUCAUUCGCAUCUUGAAAGACAGGGACGUUCAUUCCCUGGUCUUCGUGAAUUACUUGGCCCUGGCCGCCGUGGUGACGUCGCCCUUGCUGGGCUUGGCCUUUGAGGAGCGCUGGCUGCGGAGGCCAAGCCCCUGGGCCCUGACGCUGCUGUUCCUGUUGGCCUCAUUGGCAUCGCUGGGGGAGACGCUGCUGGCGGUGGGGCUCAAGAUGGAGACGGCCGCCAAGGCCACGUCCAUGAACUACCUGCAGGUGGUCUUCGCCUUCUUCUUCCAAGGCGACGUCUUGGGCGAAGCCGCCAGCGACAGCCUCAGCCAGCUGGGUGCCGCGAUGAUCUCGGCCUGGGGCGUGGUGGCCUUGGCGAAGGAGACCUGGGCGCCGGAGGUGGACGAGAAAGAGGAACCCUUGUUGAAGCGCUGUUUCAACUUUGGUCCCAACUUCAAACACGCGGCGCCCAGCAGUUCCUUCACUACCUGGCCGGGUGGAGGCGACAUGUUGGUGCGGGUGGAUUGUCCCAUCCUGGGAAACUCGCAACGAAUCCGUAUCUACAAAGAGAUCCAGAUCCAUGGCGAGGUAAGUCUCAAGCGAAAUGUCCAACGCCUGGUUGCCAACAAAAAGUUCUUGGAGAUGCAAAAGAGUCAGCGCUCCUGGGCCAUCCGCGUGGACGGCCUGGAGCCAGAGUUCAACGGCUCGUAUCAACGCGCCGGGGCCAAGAACAACAUGCCCUUGUAUCGCAAGAAUGGGGGCAAAUGUGCCAUUUUCUUCAGCGAGAAGAAGGAGUGGCGCAUCGUUGAGCUGUCGGACACUGAGAUGGAGAAGGUAGACUUGGAACAGCAGAAGGUCAUGGCCCACGCCUUGGCCUCGGAGCUGAAGGACGACACCGCGCCACCGCGCAUCGGAUGGGAACGGCCUCCGGAGGAGAUGGGCUACGUGGCCGUGGAGGACUUCAGGAGUGCUAUGAAGAAGGGCAGCAACGAUGCGGAAUCCUCCAAGAUCAUCCAACUGCUCCGAGGCACUGUGAGUGGAGAGGAAGUCGUCUUCCGUUCACCUGGGAAAACCACCUUGGAAGCGGAAUGGGAGAAGCUGGCGAAUCCGGGCAUGGGCGCUGAAGCCACGUGGAGCGCAGCCGUGGAGAUCUCCCAAGAUCGCUUGAUGAACAAAUUGGGCCUUCCUCAGUGCAAGGUGAUUGAGACGGCUCACCCUUAUGAGACGGCAGAGCAUUCCUUCACCAAGACUGUGUCCAUUGAGACCGAUGGCCCCAUCGAAGUGCACUUUGGAAAGGAGUGCCGAACCUAUGACCACCGUACCACUUUGUGCGUCUACGGGGGAGGGCUCAGCAAAGCCUUGGUGGGUGUUGGUGCGCGCGUCCAUGUUAAGGUCCCUACAGGUCGUGAAGAAGCACACGGCACCAUCUUCGGUCGGGCUGAAGGCACCGUUGCGCAACGGUUGCUUCCGGGUGGGCGAUGGAAGGUGCGCGUGGACAAGGACGAGGCUGAGAUCUGUGGCUGCUUCAAGGAAUGGGUCGAUUCUUCGGACAAUGGACGAGAGCCCUGGCAAAACCCUGACAUGUGGCAUGAUCGCUACUGCAUGAGCUGUGUUGCUGAAGAGCAGAAAAAGUGCACGGUGAUCUAUUCGGAUGGAACCACGGUGGGCAGUGAGAUUGCUGGAUUCAGGUUUGAUACCUCGGAUCCCUUGGUUCCCUUCUCCGUCAGCGGCUUCAACGCCAAGGGCCCUGCGCAGACAGCGGGCGUCAUGGUGGGUUGGUUCCUGGACUUGGGAGCCUUGCUAAAGGAGGAGCAGUUCAUAGAACUGGACGCCCCGGAAUUGGGGCCUGUACCAACUUCCAUGACGGAGGUGGCAAACAACAUUGGAAACUUCCAGAAGCGUUUGGACAUGUUGCUCUCCCUGACCGAUGUGGCGUUGACCUUUGUGAACGGUCUGGAUUUUCAGCUGCUGCCACAGUGCCGAGUGAAGUACGAGGAGGCGGUGGGCUCCGAGAUCAGUGGCCUCAGCGAGAAGGGCGGCGUCAUUACGAUUGAUGGCUUCAGCAAGACCGCAGGCCACCGCUGUGACCACAGGCGGAAUUCCAUCCACUUAUUGGGUAAUGGGAGAUAA